AUGUCCGUUACAAUCAAAUCAACAAGUAAAUGUUUUGGUGGCUUAAUUUUGGAGUGUACUCACACUGCUUCUACUGUUCAAUGCCAAAUGAAUUUUCAUAUUUAUAAACCACCAAAGGCAUGUUUGGGUGAAAAGGUUCCUAUUGUUGUCUUCUUGUCUGGAUUGACUUGUAAUGAUACUAAUUUUAUUUUCAAAGCUGGAGCCAUGUCCAUUGCUUCACAAUUGGGAUUAGCACUUGUAUGUCCAGAUACAAGUCCAAGAGGUUCUGAUGUUGCUUCAUCGGAUAGUUGGGAUUUUGGUCAAGGUGCAGGAUUUUAUUUAAAUGCUACACAAGAACCAUGGGCUAAACAUUUUAGAAUGUAUGAUUACAUUGUCAAGGAGUUGCCUUCUGUUUUGAUUGAAAAUUUUGCAAAGGGUGAAAAUGCUUGGCUCUUAUUGGAUAAGGAAGAUCAAUUACGUCAAAGUAUUUUCGGUCAUAGUAUGGGAGGAUUGGGAGCUUUAGUUGUUUAUUUACGUAAUUUGGAAUUGUAUCAUAGUUGUUCUGCCUUUGCUCCAAUUAGUAAUCCAACAGAUGCUGAAUGUGCAUGGGGACAAAAGGCUCUCAAGGGUUAUUUGGGAGACUCAGAAGAAGCUCGUUCUACAUUGUGGGUUCAACAUGAUCCAAGUGUACUUUUGAGUAAUUUGACAAAUGUUAGUUUGGUGAAGGAAAUCUUGGUUGACCAAGGUAGUGAAGACAAAUUCUUACACUCUAAACAAUUGCAAGUUGACAAGUUGGAAUCUGCUGCCAAGAAGGUUGGAGCUUCACUCACCUUAAGAAUGCAAGAAGGUUAUGAUCACAGUUAUUACUUUAUUCAAUCCUUUGUUAAGGAUCACCUUGAACAUCAUGCUAAAUUUUUGAAUUAA